CUAAAACCUUAUCUCUGAUUGGUGCAGAUACACAUUCCGCGGGAAAUUGAACCAAUCAUCAAUAGCAUCACAUAAAAAUAUGUUAAUUAGGCCGGUUGACCCCUGUUGACCCAAUAACAGGAAGCAAGAUGGCGGGUUCUCAGGCGUAUCCACUAAAUUCCCUCGAACAAACGGAAGACCUGAAGGCGUUUGAAAGGAGGUUGAUGGAGUAUGUAGCAUCUCUUGGGCCGUCCACAGGCAGAUGCAGAAUUAUCCUGAUUGUCGUGUCUGUGUGUACAGCAACGGGGGCGUGGGGCUGGCUGCUGGACCCUCGCACUUCUCAGGUCUCUUUCCUGCAGUCCCUCUGGAACCAUCCCUUCUUCACACUCAGCUGCAUCGUGCUGGUGGGCCUGUUCUUGGCGGGGAUUCACAAACGAGUCGUCGCUCCUUCCAUAAUAGCACAGAGAUGUCGGACAGUUCUAGCUGACUACAACAUGUCAUGUGAUGAUACCGGUAAGCUGAUCCUGAAGCCCCGUCCUGCGAACACAUGACAGUUACCUGCAGGGGAGGGGCACAUCCGGGCCAGGGGGAGGGUGCUGUGGGUCAGGAGGGGGUCUGACGUGUGGGGUCCUCCCCAGUAGCCAUGUACACAUUCUGUUCUAGCUUCCAUGCUGAAUAGUCUGGCAUCAUUAAUUAUUUCAGGUAAAUGUAAAUGUUUCUCAGAGGAAGUGUAACAGGGAUUGAACUUCUGAACAUAGUGUAAUCUCUGAUACCAUGACUCCAUCGCGUCCUUGUGCGGACGCAGGAGUCUAUUGUUAGUGGGAGUGCUGAUUGCGAGAAGGAUGUGUCUCGUGCAGGUAGAAUGAUCACUUCCAACAACAAACGCCGGGACUUGUGGAAGGCCGCGAAGGAGGCUAGCCUUUUGAGAGGACUUUAGAACUAAGAGCUCUCCGUCAAAUUUUUGGCAAAUAUUAAAAUGCCAGCUGAUUUUCUAGAACAAGCUAGAAUAGAAUGGAUACUAUGCUGUACGAAAAAUUUUCUUGAAGGAAAAGUGUGUUGUACAGGAAAGAGUAGGUUGCAAGUGGAAGCUAGAUAAAUGAAGCUACUUUUUUUUUCAAUUUUGUAAAAAGAUUUGCAAUAUUACUUGUCAUGAACAAAACCAGGAGUGGGCAUUGAGAUAACUGUGGAUAUUAAAUGUUUGUCAUUGGAUACAUGUACAUGUAUAUUCAUUUUGCUUGACUACUCAAGUCACAUUUCCAAAGUCAUGUACAGAAGUAGUGAAUUAUUCUUCCUAAGAAGGCUGAGAAGUUGCACAGCAGAAAAUUUGAUCCUUUCACUUCUGCUUUUGUUGAAACUGGUUUACAGUAGUGUUUGCAUCUAAUGACAAGUUUCAUUACCAAAUUUGCAUCGUACUUAAAUUUUUUAACAUUAAAUUGUAAUAAUCAUUUCUUCCAUUGGUCCUAAACGCAGGAUAGAUCAAUGAUUCUCUUAUGUCCAUCACUGAUGCAUUUAUUGUACUGUAAUAUACUGAAUGUAAGGCACAAGUCACUGAAGUUACUCAUAACAACUGGAUGGAUUUGUAAAGUUGUAUCUGCAAUGGCCAAAGCUUCCACAUGUAGACUAGACAGAGUACUAGACCAUCUUGUCACUAUUUGACUGUCAGCAUGGAAAAAUUUUGUUUUGUACAGUGUACAUAUGCUUUAGUCUGUAGAAACUUAUGCCUUGGACAUUAUUAGAAUUGAGAAAGAAGGCUACAAAUGUACAAAAUUAAAUGGCCAUUCUAAUACUUA